AUGACAGGCGAACUCGUCCUCCUCACGGGCGGCACUGGCUUCCUCGGAUAUGCCAUCCUCGUCGACCUCCUCAAGAGCGGCUACAGAGUCCGCGCUGCCGCUCGUUCACAGUCAAAGGUGGACAAGGUGCUGGCAGCUCCCUCGAUUUCUGCCCUCGCUCCCUCCUCAGAUCAGUUGACCUUUGUUAUGGUUCCCGACAUGACAGCCCCUGGCGCGUACGACGAUGCUGUCCAGGGAGUCGACUUGAUCGUCCAUGUGGCCGCACCUCUCCCCUCAGGCGAGGCCUCCAGAGACAGCCCCGGAGAUGCGUUUUUCAAAGCCUCAGUGGAGGGAAACCUGGCCAUUCUCAAGUCAGCCCACGAAAAGGGCAAGACAGUCAGACGCAUCGUCAUGACCAGCUCCACAGUGGCCAUUGCCCCAGCAGACGUCUAUGUCACGGACACUAAAGAACGAGAGAUUCUGCGUGGACCUGAUAACCGUGUAGUCUUUCCACCACCGCCGUAUGACUCUGAGCUUCGGGCGUACGGCGCGAGCAAGGCGGCAGCCCUUAAUGCCGCCGAGGCUUUCGUGAGAGACAACACCACAAACUUUGACUUGAUCUCCAUCAUGCCAUCCUGGAUCUUUGGAAAGGACGAGCUCUUCACCAACACCCAGGACAUUCGUACCGAUUCUACCAAGGUCCUCAUCAACGGUUUGUUGACGGGCAACCAGGGCGUCCCUGCAGUCGGGAACGUCGUUCUCUGCGCAGAUGUAGCUCGGGCACACGUCAGGGCGCUGGACACAGACAUCAAAGGCAAUCAGUCGUUUGUCCUCAGCACCGAGGUGAAAUGGGAAGAUACCAUUCCAAUUGCCAAGAAGCAUUUCCCUGGCGCGUUUGCAUCUGGUCUCUUUAAGGAGGGGAGUCCGCAGCCGACUCUUCCAAUCAGUUGGGACUCUAGCAAGACUCGAGAUGUUCUCGGUAUCGAGCUAGCCACGUACGAGGACAUGGUGAAAGAAGUGGUUAGUCAGUAUCUGGAGCUGGCUGAGAGGGAGGAGAAGUAG